UAAAAGCCUUCACGUCUCGACACGAAGGCAGAACAGAAGCGACACGAGCUGAGAUCUGUAAAACCAAAAUAUACUCAGAGAAAUAACAAGCUCCACUUGAAAAGAUGACCGCUGAGAUGACAUGCAACAAGCUGCCCGCCGGACUGGGCCUGGAGGUGUCCCGCCACCCCCUGACCAUGAGGCGCGUGGUCAACCUGGUGGUCGCCAUGGAGAGGUUAAAGGGCAAAAGCUGCCAGACGGCGCUGGGCACCGAAUUCUCGGAGGAGAACCUCCUCAACAUCAUGAUGGAGGACGUUGUUGAAGUGAUCAACAUGCCCGAGAGUAGGCCGUCUCGACCCAACCAGUUCAGCAGGACGGGCCAGUACCAGUGCAGCGUAACCGACAGCCAGAAGAAGAGUUUGGUGGUGGUCCAUGACAGCAUGGAGCUGCACGCCGUCACGCUGCAGGGAGGAAGCAGCCAUCGCAAAGUGCUCCUGAACAUGUCCACCUACGUGCGCCCGUCCCCCAACACUGAGGCCCGACCAGUGGCUCUGGGCAUCAAGGGCACAAGUCUUUACCUGUCCUGCCACCAGGACGGGGACAGGCCCACUCUACACUUGGAGACGCUGCAGGACGGCAGCAGUUUGACAAGGAUCAAUUCCGAUAGCGAGAUGGUUCGCUUCCUCUUCUACAAACGGGACUCGGGGGUGAGCAACAGCACCCUCAUGUCUGCACAAUUCCCCAACUGGUUCGUCAGCACUGCGGAGGAGGACAGCAUGCCGGUGGAAAUGUGCCAGCGGACUGCCAACCGCUACAUCACCUUCAACAUCCAGAGGCAAAGUUAAAGCCGGAAAAGAACUGUCCUUAAAAGUGUUUUUUUACACUUACAGUUCACUUUUUAAAAUCGAUUUUUUUUUACCCCCUUUGAUGCGUUACCUGAUUACACCUUUAAAAAUCCGAGCGCACCACAGCAGGUCACGUGACAUUGCUCGCCUCUCUAAUUGGUCAAAAGAAUGUAAACCGGAAGAAGGUCGGCUGUAUGAGCGGGUCAAAUUACUACCACGGUGCCCAAAAAAAAACGACGGCGAAACAAUGUUUGCCGAUAACUUGAAUAGUGAUAUGGAGAAAGUAGAUGUGUGGAAUUUCUGAGCAAAUUAUCCUAAUUCACACGGUGAAAAGGUGGGCCACUUCAGUAUAAGCCGUGACAUGCUAACCGCUAACGUGACAUGUUUAGCAUCAACAUUGUUAUACAACUGUUGAUGUCAGUGACAAAGCAAAAUAUGCAUCAAAGGGGGAGGAAUGAAACAAGGACGAAAAAGUGUGAAAGCACAUCUUGAUCAGUAGAGCAACUUGGAUUGGUAUCUGCAAGCUUUCUAUUAUUUAUGUAUUUAUUCAGUUAUUUAUGUAUUUAUUUAUUGUAAUUAUUUAUUUAAUUAUUGAAAAUCAAUGUGUACACCACCAUGUAUUUAUGCAGAAGUCUGCUUUUGUACAAAUGCUUCAAACUUUGGAUCAGCCAUGCACAAUAAAAUUGUGAUUUGUGUUUCA